UUUCCUUCUAUAUAUAGGUAGACAUGUUGUUAUAAGAAAAGAACUCUGCUGUAAGAGAAGAACCCAUCAAGGCUAGCUGCAGUAGUUUACCAUGGGGAGAACAAGAAAAAUUCCAAUGGCCAAGCGAGAAACAGCAGAGCAAAGGUCUGUUACUUUUACUAAAAGACGUCAAGGUCUUUUCAACAAAGCAGCAGAUUUGUGCAGGAUUUGUGAUGCUCAAAUUGCCAUUAUGGUAUCCUCAACUGGGUCCAAAGACAAAGUUUACAGCUUUGGCCACUCUUCCGUUGAUGCUGUCUUCGACAGGUUCCUCGACAAUUUUACGGCAGCCCCGGAAGCGGUAGCAUACGAAGCAGGAAUCAAGUCAGCCAGUAAUUCCUUCUAUGAAGAAAUCAAGGCAUUGGAGGGUGAUGUUAAUACUCUAAUGCAAAACAAGAAGAGAAACGUUGGAGGGGUUUUAUGGGAUGCUUUAGAGGAGAUUGAGCAGUCUAAUACUUCAGUUGAGGAGUUACAGGAUGUUGUAGAUAUCCUGGAAAGUUUGUUGGGUCAGGCCAAGAAUAAGCUGAUGAAUAACGCAACUGCGAAUCUUGGUGUAAGCAUUGCUGUUGAGCCAAAGUCUGAUAAUUUUUUGGCAUUAGAGCCUAAACCCCGAGAUGAUUCUUCGUCUAGCUUGGGUGGUGAUCAAGUCGGUCAGAAUUCUGCCAUUGUAGGAGACAAUGGUGCUAAUUAUUCGGAUUCAUAUUGGAAUGCUGAUGGUUCAACUACUGAUAGCUGCAUGGAUUUUCCAGUCGAAGUCGAUGUGGAUCUUAUAUGGAAUCUCCUUGAGUCUUCUGAUUUCAGUUCGGGUUCUGACAAAGUUAUUUCCAUGAGCAACAGUAGUGACUGCUCUACUUCAGGCACUGGAUCAGAAUCAGCUUCAGGCUCACAAGAGAAUGAGGAUAAUGUAUUUCCUGCUACCAAUUUGGAUUCAGAAUUGUUCAAGGACAUGGAGCUUGUUGAUUGUGGAACUUAUAACACUACACCAGAUCCUGGCUCUGGAGAUAUUGACCAACAUUAUGCCAUGGAUGGGGACUGCAACGCCAAGCAACAUGAUUCAGCUACUGAUUAUGGUUUCAUGGAUUUGAUUGGUGAGUUUGGCUAUUGUUUGACUGAUCAGCUGGGACUUCCAUUGCUCGCUGCAGUUGCGAAUCAGUUUGAAGAUUGGACCAACUAUUAUCAAUGAGGAUUUGAUUUUUAACAUAGAUAAUGACAAGGCAUUCAAUUAUGUUUUUCUUAAUCAGACUAGUCUCUAAUUUUCGAUUAAAUCUUAGAUUAUCAACAGAAUUCCUGUUAUGGCUGAUUAAGGUUAGCCCCACGAAUCUUGUGUGUGUGUAUAUAAUGAAAUUGCUGGCUGCAGCAAUUUCUCUUUCAGUCAUCAGUUAGCAAAGUUUUCCAGUCAUAUUAACGAGUGUGAACUUUAUUAUUGCUGAAGUGACCAGGCUUUUUCGUAAUGGAGAAUCAAGAUGCUGGGUACAUGACCUAUUCUGCUAGUAUAUUCUUCAAUGAAUUCUCAGCAUGGUCAAACCAGUCGAGCAGUAUUUUUAACAAAAAACAAGAACUUGAUUUAUGUAAGAGAAAAACAUGGAUUGGUUCUGCAAAUAUUCAUAUAAAUGUUCAACAGUUGUCUGAAUUUUCAAGAUAUAUAUCU